AUGAGUACGUUGAAGCCAAGCCGGAGCGACGAAAUACCCGACCCAGAUCAACAGAUCAAGACCACGAACCAGAUCAGAGCUGAUUUCGAUUCAUUGGCUCCUAAACGACCCACUAAACCCACCCGGAGCGAACCAGAACCUCUCGGAUCUUUCUCUUCUUCCGACAAAUCCACCGACAAUCCCGAGGCUGACAAGUUCAGAUCUCUUCAGUCAGAAACUCAUAGUAAAAUUCUUGGUGAAGGAGAUUCAUCUGUGUCUCAAGAUGAGUUUUUGGAGACAGAUUAUUACACGAAUCUCACCUCCAUUGAUAAGCAACAUCACACGACCGGAACUGGGUUUAUAAAUGUGGUGAAGGAAGACGGUGGUGAGGAAGCCGUGACCGCCGUCUCUGGAAUUGAAGACGGAGGAGAAAAGGCGGUUUAUAGAAGCAAUCCGGCGACGAAUGAGUGGAUUCCUGCGGCGGAGGAAGAUCUUGUUUCUGAGUUUUCGGCUAAACCGAACCGGAGCGAGAGUUCUUGA